AUGCAUAAGCAUACAAGUCUCUUGUUGUAUUUCGUCGGUAUCUCUAUUUUGUUGCAUGUCAUUCACGGUGCAUCCAUAGAGGAGCCAGGUUCAUUGAUAUUGGGUUGUGGGUUGGAUGAAGGGGGAGCCAAAGAUGAGGAUGGAAGGCAAUGGAGUCCUGAUAAUAAGUUUUUGGCAACACAAAAUGGUUCAACAACAUACAAAGCCGCAUACCAAGAUCCUUCCCUCUCCUCUGUGGUUCCAUACAUGUCAGCUAGAAUUUUCACAUCAGAAACAACAUACAAAUUUAAUGUUCAGCCUGAUAAACGUUAUUGGCUCAGGCUCCACUUUUAUCCAUCCCUUUAUGGAACUUUCAACCCCUCCGAUUCAUAUUUCUCUGUGGCUGCAAAUGGGAUUACCCUCCUCAGCAAUUUCAGCGCUUCUAUCACUUGUCAGGCCCUCUCACAAGCUUACAUUGACAGAGAGUAUUCUCUUGCUCCUUUGAAUUCAGAUACUUUGACUCUUACAUUUAAACCUUCUGACAAGCAAAAUGGGACUUUUGCUUUCAUCAAUGGAAUUCAAUUGAUCCAAAUGCCUGAGUUGUUUGACUCUGCUUCAUUGGUCGGGUUUGGUGACCAAACCAUGGACAUCAAAACCUUAAAUUUGCAAACCAUGUUUAGACUAAACGUUGGUGGGCAAUAUGUGUCUCCAGCCCAAGAUUCUGACCUUUCGAGAAUGUGGUACGACGACACACCUUACCUAUAUGGUUCAUCCUAUGGUGUCACCAACGAAGCUAAAAAGGAUGUCCUAAUCGACUAUCAGACUAUGCCAAAGUACAUUGCACCUCCUACUGUCUACUCCACAUCAAGAUCAAUGGGUACCGAUAAGGACGUCAACAUGGGAUACAACCUCACGUGGGUUUUCCAAGUUGAUCCAAAUUCCAUGUACCUCGUGAGGUUGCAUUUCUGUGAUUUCUAUUAUUCCAAGGUCAAUGAGAUUGUUUUCAAUAUAUUUCUCAAUAACAAUACGGCACAGGCUCAAGCUGAUAUUAUUGGGUGGACAGGAGGUAAAGGCAUGACAACUUACCAGGACUAUGUGGUAUAUGUCCAAGACGGGGAGGGGGAUGAGCAACUUUGGCUUGCACUACAUCCAGCACCUGACUCAAAACCACAGUUCUAUGAUGCUAUACUCAAUGGGGUGGAGAUAUUCAAGCUCAAUGACACGGACUUGUCUGGCCCCAAUCCUCAGCCUUCAGACAUGCUCCUCGAAGGUGAAUCACAGGAAACAAGUUUCCAUACACACAAAACAUAUGACAAGAAAGCUGUCAUUGGUGGAGCUGCAGGAGGUGCUGCGGGUUUUGCCUUUAUGGCGGCAAUAUGCAUUGCUGUCUACAACAAGAAGAAGAGAGUUCCAGGGGCAGUCACACAAACAAGCUGGCUUCCCAUCUAUGGUAAUUCACACACAAAUGGCAGUAAAUCCACGUCUGGGAAGAGCACUACAAGUGCAAACCUCACUGCCAUGACCCAAGGUCUAUGUCGCUAUUUUUCGUUACAAGAGAUAAAGCAAGCAACCAACAGUUUUGAUGAGUCCAACGUGAUUGGAGUUGGUGGAUUUGGAAAGGUUUACAAGGGUGUCAUUGAUAAUGGAAUGCUAGUGGCGAUUAAGAGGUCAAAUCCACAGUCAGAACAAGGAGUCAAUGAAUUCCAGACCGAGAUUGAGAUGCUUUCUAAGUUGAGACACAAGCAUUUGGUGUCCUUGAUUGGAUUUUGCGAGGAAGAUAAUGAGAUGUGUUUGGUUUAUGACUACAUGGCUCUUGGAACCUUUAGGGAACAUUUGUACAAGGGUAUCAAGCCUUUAAAUAUUUUAACGUGGAAGCAAAGAUUAGAGAUCUGCAUCGGAGCUGCAAGAGGGCUUCACUACCUUCACACGGGGGCCAAGUACACCAUCAUUCAUAGAGAUGUCAAAACAACAAAUAUUCUCUUGGACGAAAACUGGAAUGCCAAGGUAUCAGAUUUUGGGUUGUCAAAAACUGGUCCAGAUUUGAACGCUGGCCAUGUUAGUACUGUGGUGAAGGGUAGUUUUGGCUACUUGGAUCCUGAGUACUUCAGGAGGCAACAAUUGACUGAAAAGUCUGAUGUCUACUCAUUUGGGGUUGUCCUGUUUGAAGCCCUCUGUGCCAGGCCUGUUCUGAAUCCCAAUCUUCCAAAGGAACAAGUUAGUCUUGCAGAAUGGGCAUUGCUAUGCAACCAAAAAGGAACGCUAGAGGAUAUUAUUGACCCCAAUCUCAAGGGAACAAUAAAUCCAGAAAGCUUGCAGAAGUUCGUGGACACAGCUGAAAAGUGUUUGUCGGAUCACGGAGCUGACCGUCCCUCCAUGAAUGAUCUGUUGUGGAAUCUAGAAUUUGCACUCAACCUGCAAGAAAACAAGGAUGGUUCAACUCACUCUGCAACUCGAACUAAUGACAAUGAGUUUGAAGAAAUACAUUUAGGAGACAACGAAAUGGCAAACCAUUAUAAGAACCUAAGCCUUGGAGGUCAGGAUGAGCUUAGCCAAGAUGCUACUUCCAGUCAGGGUCCGACUGAAAUCUUCUCACAACUUGUUAGUCCAAAAGGGCGAUGAAGAGAAAUUUUCUUGAUUGUUAUUUUGCUAUAGGCUUUGAAGGAAGCCAUGGAAUUCAAGCAAAUAAAACCUGCUUAUUAGCAUUGCUUUGAAGUAUAUAACGCUUCUAUUGCUUGUAGUUGUUAAAUUUCUAAUUUUAUACUUUCCUACGUUCUACAUCUAUUAAAUAUUAUUUACUAUGUCA